AUGGGUGACCAUGUCCUCUUUUUCUAUGGUACUCUGAUGGCACCUCAAGUGCUUCAUCGUGUCAUUCAUGGCAGCCCCAACCCUGAGCCCUGGCAGAAAGCCAUGAUCAGCUUCCAACCAGCCAUUCUCCACGGCUAUCGUCGCCAUCGCGUUCAACACGCUGAUUAUCCUGGUAUCCUUCCAGUUGACCAAGGAACCGGAGAGCAGUCGGCCUCUGAUGCCACUUCAGCCAGGAAGUCGGUUCUCGGUACCCUCGUCUCGGGACUAACAGAUCAAGAUGUCCGUCGCCUUGACUGCUUCGAAGGCGCAGACUAUACUCGAAAGCAGGUGGUUGUGCACAAGCUGCAGAAGUUCAAUGAAGUGUCUGGUGAUGCGUGCGCGGAAAGUUUGCCGAAGAUGCUCGAUGCGGCUCGGACCGCUGUUGCGGAUGAAGAAGAGACACCGGCAAUGACCUACGUGUGGACCUCUGGGAAGGAUUGGCUUGAAGAUGCAGAGUGGGACUUCGAGGCUUUCAAGAAAGAUAAGUUGGCAUGGUGGGCUGGGACCAUCGAGGAUGAGUUCUGA